AUGAAGCCAAGCUUGUUACUUGUACAGCUUUUUUGUUGUGCUUGUUCGGUGUGGUCGAAACUGGAGUGCGACCCCACGUCGAGCGCCAAGAAACCGGAUCCAAACAAUCCCGAGUCAUAUUUGUACUGCAAUCUUGAAGGCACAUUUUCGAGGCGAAAAUGUCUCCAAGGCAAAAUAUUCAAUGCGGAGACGGGAGCAUGCGAAUCGGCUCUGAAGUCGGACAUGGUCAAUGAUGACCCAUUCUCUCAACCUUUCUAUCAAGCACCUGACGAUCUCUGCGGAUCGGGAAUACCUCUUACAAUCCUGUCUGCACCGGUUGUAUGCAAUCCAAGCAUAAGCAGUUGCCCUGAUGGUUAUGUUUGCCGUAUGUACGAACGAACUGGAACGUCGUACUGUUGCCAAGGUUCAUCACCUCCAGUUGACAGGGCUAGUUGUAGCCAAGGGCAGGUUGCAUACUUCGAGAACCGAUUUACUUUUCUAGGUGCUGUGCCAAAGAUCUUGGCUGCCCGUAUAACUCAGCCGCUUUGCUUAAUCCGAACACAGGAUCGAUGGUGGAAUGUUCGCCAUCGAAGCAGAGUUCAUGUCAAGAUGGUUAUAGCUGUGUGCUUAGUAACACACUCCAGCGACACAUUUGCUGUUCAUCAAACUCGGACCACGCAGACGUGUGUCCGAAUGGCGAGACACCCCUGUCCACUCCAUCCACCUGUACACCCGCACACCCAUGUCCAACCGGGUACAGCUGCAGGGAAGGAAGAUGCUGCCCAUCAGCAAGUCUCGCAACACAAAAUCUGUUGGCUUUCUGAAAUCAUCUACAUUGCAGAUGUCUGCCCAGCCGGUCUACCUAUAGGAGGUGGUCCAACACCAUGUAGCGAAAAUAAUCCCUGUAAAGAUGGAUAUGAAUGUGUCACCGCUGGUGGUUCUCAAUACUGCUGUCCAUCAAGAGAGUCUAUAACUCCUACUUUUAUCGCCUCUAAUUCUUCUUUUGCAGAAAAUACCUGCUCCUUGCCACGACAUGCCGGCGUAACAUGUGCCAGUUCACGUCCAGCUAUUACUCGCUAUUACUUCGAUAUAACUACUGGUUCUUGCCGGUCAUUCCAAUUCAGCCAAUGUGGAGGCAAUGCAAACAAUUUUAAUAGUCUUGAGGAAUGCGAAGGAUUCUGUCUGGAUACCCAAUGUCAGCAUGGACAGGCAUAUCGGGUCGGUGCUGUAAAUGCUGUAUGUGCUCUCACAGCUACAAAUACAUGCCCUCAGUCAUAUUCUUGUAUGAGCCCAGUGUUUGGACCAUCUGCAGUAUGUUGUCCAGUUCCUGAGUUGACCUGCAAUGAAAUGGUCUCUGCUGGUACACCCUGUUUCGGACGAUCUGUGACCAUUCAAAGAUUCUACUUCAAUCCAGCAACUAGGAAAUGUCAAUCCUUCCAAUACUACGGCUGUAACGGAAAUGGAAAUAACUUCCACAGCAUGCAGAGCUGCGAAAAUCACUGCUUGAAUUCUGCAGAGAGCGUAUGUGGUGGAGCCGCCGUUCUCAUGGAUCCGAAUCAGCAACCACAGCGGUGCUCUGUAGCAGUACCAUGCCCAGCCGGCUACGAAUGCAAUUCAGCACAUUACUGUUGCCCAUUGAGCGCAACCUCCUGCACCGCCUCAAUGAGCAGAGGUAACGUGUGCUCGGGAUCACCGCUACGCACCAUGUGGUAUUACGAUCAGGAACAACGGAAAUGCAACCAGUUUGCCUACAAUGGAUGUGGAGGAACAGCGAAUCGCUUCACGUCGCGCAAAGCAUGUAUGUCAUCAUGUGUGAGUUCGACGCUGUCAGGAUCGUGCCCACGUGGUAUGGCACCUUUCAUCGAAGAAGGUGACACCGUUGCCAAGGCGAGUUCAAUAACUGCAUACAUAGCCUGUACAUUGAACGUGAUGAGCACCUGUCCUCCAUCGGCGUCGUGCGUUCGUUCGACGACGAAUCAGCCGAUCUGCUGUCAGACAUUCACAUCGUGUCCAGACAACCGAACACCUUACGUGAUACCAGGUUCGACGUCGGUCGUUGCCUGUAAUGUCGAUGCAGACGAGUGUCCAACUGGUAAUGCUUGUGUCGAAUCGAGGUUUGUUUUGUCCUUUUCUAAGAUGAAAUCGUAG